GAAGGCAGGAGGUUCUGACCAUAAUCCCAUUAUCCAGACUGGCACCUUGUCUGACAUACAGGACCAAAAUAAAUUUAGGGAGUUUAUUUGGACUCCAUUGAGUGAACUUGAAACAACUUUUUAUUCAAGGUCCCUGAUUCUACAAAAUAAAAUCGAAUAAAUGUUCAUAUAAUUGCUAAUAAGACAAAAAGCAGUGAAGACUUCUUGGUACCGACUGAUCUGGUGACGACUGCCAGAGAAGGGAAUUAUUCAGGUUUAAGGAAUUAAUUGCGUCAGUCUGUUGUUUGUUGAUGUGAGAGUCAGACAGCACCAGAGUCGCCCGGGAUUCAGGAGCAACAAAAUUGUGUAAAAAGAAUAUCAGCAGAUAUUUUGACAAAAGCCUUCACAGCACUCUGCCAUGUUCGCAAGGUUAAAGGCGCUUGUUGGGGCUCCUGAGCCUCCACCAGCUGGAGCAGCUAAGCCUCCUGAAAUCAAGGAGACCGACCAACCAAAAGCGGAGACAAAGCAAGAGGAACCAGCAAGAGAAAACAAAAAAGAUGAGGAAAAGAAAGAGGAACCAGCAAAAGAAUGCCAGAACAAAAAAGAGGAAGAAAAGAAAGAGGAAGAACCCAAGAAAGAAGAACCAAAGCCAGUUCCUGCCCCAGAGGCUCCUGCAAAUCCUGUCAGUCCAGAGGGAGCAGAAGGCGACGACAGAGCAGCAUCACCUCCUCCACCUCCUGUGGUCUACUCCCGUUGCACAGACGAGACUCUCAGAUGGUUGGUCAAAACAAAACGGGACAAAACGGAGUUGCUCAAAGAGAAAGUCAUCGAUCCGUACGCCACCUCUCCAGAAAUCACCCCGCCUGUCACGCCCAUUCUGAAGAAGGAUGAAUACCACAAAUUGAAAGAAGAGGAGCGGAUAGCAAAAGAAGAAGCGGAGAAGAAGAAGGCGGAGGAGGCAGCCAAAAAGGCAGAGGAGAAAAAGAAGAAGGAUGAGGAGAAAAGGCUGGAAGCUGAGAAAAAAGCAGAAGAGGAGAGAAUAGCAGAAGAGGCCCUCAAGAAACAAAAGAUGCUCCCAGAUAUUCAUUUCACUUUGCUGGAUAUCCUCUUUCGACCUGUAGAAGAAAAACUGGAUACUGUCCUGGGAUCCACCAUCGAUCCUUUCACGGAUCGCCGUUACAUCGCUUGGUUGGGCAUCGUAGCGCUGGCGUACAACUACAAUAUUUGGUUCUGCACGGCCCGCUUGGCUUUCCCCUUCCAUAACGACACGGCCAAUCGAUACUGGAUCACUUUGGAUUUUCUGAGCGACCUGAUAAACGUUGUGGACAUCAUGGUUUGGCAGCCUCGACUUCAGUUUGUCAAAGCUGGUGAUAUUAUUAAAGACCGGGCCAUGACGAAGGAACAUUAUCGGAAAUCACCUCGUUUUAAGACUGACAUCAUCUCCGUCCUCCCCUUUGACCUUCUCUGCCUUUACUUUGAAUUUUCUACCAUUUACCGACUCAACCGCUUCAUCAGGAUUGAGUCUUUCUUUGAAUUCAGCGAUCGACUUGAGAGUGUAAUGGCCAAAGCUUACAUCUGGAGAGUGGCUCGCACCACCGGCUACCUCCUCUUCAGCCUCCAUAUCAAUGCGUGCGCUUUCUAUGUCGCCUCAGUAUACCAGGGCCUCGGCACCAGUACGUGGGUCUACAACGGAAACGGGACAGCGUACAUCCGAUGCUACUACUUUGCAGUGCGCAGCCUGAUCAAUAUCGGCGGACUUCCCGAACCCACAAACACCUAUGAGAUCUCCUUUCAGAUGACCAACUUUUUCAUUGGUGUCUUUGUGUUCUCCAGCCUGAUUGGCCAGAUGAGAGAUGUCAUUGGAGCGGCAACAGCAGGUCAAACGUAUUUCCGGGCAUCAAUGGAUGGCUGCGUAUCUUACAUGAACACUUACACAAUUUCAAAGUUGGUCCAGAAUAGAGUAAGGACCUGGUACAACUACACGUGGGCUGCUCAGGGCAUGCUUGACGAGUCCGAGCUGCUGGAUAAAAUGCCUCUGGUGAUGAGAAUCGCCAUCGCUGUGGACAUCAACCUGGCGACCUUCCAGAAGAUUGCUCUCUUUCAGGGCUGUGACCAGCAGAUGUUAGUGGACAUGCUACUUCGGCUCAAAUCAAUUAUUUAUCUUCCUGGAGAUUUUGUUGUGAAGAAAGGCGACAUCGGUAAAGAGAUGUACAUCAUCAAGAGCGGAGCGGUGCAAGUGGUGGGAGGACCUGACAACAGUAUUGUUUUUGUCACACUAAAGGCUGGCUGCGUCUUUGGAGAGAUCAGUUUGCUGCAGUCUGCCAAAGAUGGAGGGAACAGACGGACGGCGAAUGUCAAAGCGUACGGAUUCGCUAAUCUCUUUGUUUUAGAGAAAAAGGAUUUGUUCGAUAUCCUGGUGCACUACCCGGAGUCUCAGAAGGUUCUGGCCCGAAAGGGAAGGAAAUUGACCAAGGCCAAACAACCUGCAGGUGCUAAAGAUGAGGAAAAGCCAAAAGGUCUGGCUGGCUUUGGCCCCAGACCACCAACACCAAAAAUCAUGAGAGCGUUUGCCAACUUCCGCAAACUCUCGGUAAAGUCGCUCAAUUGUUGUUGUUGUUUUUUUAAAUAAAAUGGUGCUUGGUCAUGAGUGUCAAAGCAUGUGACGAUUUUUGAGUUCUAAUGCAGUAACUUGUUUUUGGCUUCACAGAAACAACAGAAGGAGUGAGACCCGUUCUACUGCAACCUGAUUCAUUGUGGAUUCAACUGAUCAAUUAUUGCACGUUUUGCAAUGUGUAUUUUUCAACAUGUAUGACUUGGUUGUCAAGACACUAAAAGAGACGGUCAAAGUUUGUUUUCUUAUCAUUUUUUCCAAAUCUGAGCAGCACACAAGCAUCACAUCAUUGCAAAAGUGUUCACAAUACAGAGCUAAAA